AUGAAGAAGGAAAUGGAGGACAUGCUCGCGCACAUCCUGUCCGAAGACUUCGUUCAACAGUACCUGUCCCGCUGGUCCGGCUACGUCUGGCCGUCCUCCUUUGUGCGCAACCCCCACGCUCUGUCCGGGACCCUCCGCGACCGUUUCCUUGCUCGGCUGCACGAGAACCGCCUCAUUUUGGAAGGUACGUUGCUGGAGCCAAGGCCCGCGCGGUACAAGGACGCCUGGGGCGACAUCGCCCCGCUGCAGUCCGUGUUUCACGGGACGCCGGAGGCCAACGUCGACUGCAUUCUGCGCCAGGGGCUCCUCCCUGAGCGCCGCCGUUCAGGUACCUGGGACUGGUUCGGCGGCUCACCCGCGGCCGCCAAACCCUUCAAGAAGCUGCUGGUCUUUCUCGUGCUUCAUGCCGGUGGCGCGGCCGCCACCGCGGCUCUGUCAUCUCAGUGGAAGGAAAACCUAGGCCAUGUGACGCUGAAGUGUGCGAGCUACCAACUGCCCGUUGGAACAGUAGAGCUGGCGAAGUUUGCUGGCUUCUAG